AUGUUCCGUCAAAGUAUUCGGCGCUUUGGUACUACCGCCCUUCGCGCUGCGGAGGGAUCAACUGCCUAUGCCACCAAAGUGUCCACUGCCCAAGGCUAUGUCAAUGGCCUGACGGAAGCAAUUGGCAACACUCCCCUAAUUCGACUGAAGCGUCUUUCCGAGGAAACCGGUUGCAACAUUCUAGGCAAGGCGGAGUUCCAGAACCCUGGUGGUAGUGUCAAGGAUCGGGCCGCUCUCUUCGUCGUCAAGGAUGCCGAGGAGAAGGGACUGCUGAAGCCCGGCGGUACCGUUGUCGAGGGUACUGCCGGUAACACUGGUAUUGGCCUUGCCCACGUCUGCCGGUCAAAGGGAUAUAAGCUGGUCAUCUACAUGCCCAACACCCAAUCCCAGGGCAAGAUUGAUCUGCUCCGUCUGCUGGGUGCGGAGGUCUACCCGGUUCCCGCCGUCGCAUUCGACAACCCUCAGAACUACAACCACCAGGCUAAGCGACACGCAGAGUCGCUAGACAAUGCAGUCUGGACCAACCAAUUCGACAACACCGCCAACCGCCAGGCGCACAUUGAGACCACCGGCCCCGAGCUGUGGGCUCAAACCGGCGGCAAGAUUGAUGCCUUUACUUGUGCCACCGGUACUGGUGGUACCCUGGCUGGUAUUACCCGCUACCUCAAGACCGCUAGCGACGGUCGUGUGAACUACAUCCAGAGCGGCGGCAAGUUGACCGAUCGCUCUGGUGGCAGUAUCACCGAGGGUAUUGGUCAGGGUCGUGUGACCGACAACCUGCAACCGGAUAUUGAUCUCCUCGACGGCUCGGUCAACAUUCCUGACGAGAAGUCUAUCGAGAUGGUCUACCGCUGUCUGGAUGAGGAGGGUCUGUACCUGGGUGCUAGCUCGGCUCUGAACGUCGUGGCUGCGAAGGAGGUUGCCGAGAAGCUGGGCAAGGGCAACACGGUCGUCACUGUUCUUUGUGAUGGUGCCUACCGCUAUGCAGACCGUCUGUUUUCCGAAACUUGGCUCAAGAGCAAGGAGCUUCGUAGUGCUAUUCCCAAGCACCUUGAGAAGUACAUUGUUCUUCCUUGA